AGGAAGGAAGAUUAUUUUGCUUCGAUUUCUCUAUCGAAUCGAUUUUCAAUUUCGAUGUCGAGUUCUGCCGAGUUUUGGGACUUGUCUGGUCGGAAACCGAGCUUUUCACAGACAUGUAGUCGAUUAAGUCGUUAUCUGAAGGAGAAGGGUAGUUUUGGAGAUCUGACCUUAGGGAUGACAUGCAAGCCUGACCUCAAUGGAGGUGUUGCUGUUUCACGUCAGCCUACAAUGAUGAAUCUGUUCCCUUGUGAAGCUUCAGGAAUGGAUUCUUCUGCUGGUCAAGACAUUAAACAGAAGAAUGUGUUUCCCAGACAAUCAAGCUUUUCUUCUUCCUCUUCCUCUGGGACCAAAGAAGAUGUCCAGAUCAUCAAAGAGAUUAAAUCUGUGAAGCCAGAGUCUCAAUCUGCUCCGUUGACCAUAUUCUACGGUGGUCGAGUUAUGGUCUUUGAUGAUUUUUCUGCCGAGAAAGCCAAACAAGUUAUUGAUUUGGCUAACAAAGGAAGUUCCAAAGGUUUCACAGCUGAAGUGAACAAUAGCCAGAGUGCUUAUUCUCAAAACUUGGCUAAGACUCAAAAAGAGAUUGCUUCUAGCCCGAAUCCAGUUUGUAGUCCUGCGAAAACCGCAGCACAAGACUCAAUCCAGCCCAACCCGGCCUCUUUAGCCUGCGAACUCCCGAUUGCCAGAAGAGCUUCGCUUCAUCGAUUCCUAGAGAAGAGGAAGGAUAGGAUCACAUCAAAGGCACCAUACCAAAUAGACGGUUCAGCUGAAGCGUCUUCAAAGCCUAACCCAGCUUGGCUCAGUUCGCGGUAAACUUCGAGCAUGUUCGGCCCAGAAGGCACAACUUGAGAGACCUUCUCGUAAGAAGCUGCUCCUCUGUUCAUUUUUUUCUAUAGAUUAAUUUCACCCCUAGUAGAUUUGUUUGUUUAACUCCCGGAAAACUCAUUAUAUUUGUAUCAAAGUAAUAUUUUUAUAGCGUUCAAUGUUUGCUUCUGGGGUUUAAGUUUAAGACAUUGUGUAUAUCCCUUUCCUCUGCUGAUCUCAACAUUAGCUUGCAACUUUUGUAAGAAACAUCACUUGUGUUU